AUGAAAGGGGAAGAAAUUCAAUGUCUUUCCCAAGAGCAAUCAUAUAAAUUCACAACUCAGAAAUAUCAGAUAAAGGCGUUAACGAGGACAUCUGACACGGAACUGACAAGGAGAGACACGAGUGACAGAUGUCGCCUGGCCGUUACUCAGCCACUGUCUUCUUUUCUUCUCCUUUUUCUUCUUUUUCUUCUUCAUCUUUUACUUCUUUUUCUAUUUUUUUGCUUUUUUCUUCUUCUUUUCUUCUUCUUUUCCUUUUCCUUCUUUUCUUCUUCUUUAUCUUUUUCUAUUUCCUCUUCUUUUUUCUUCUGUUUCUUCCUCUUUAUCUUUUACUUCUUUUUCUAUUUUUUUUCUUUUCUUCUUUUCUUCUGUUUCUUCUUUAUCUUAUACUUUUUUCUUUUUCUUUUCUUACUCUUUUCUUCUUUUUCUUUUCUUCUUCUCCUUUUACUUUUUCUUCCUUUUCUUUAUCUUUUACUUCUUUUUCUAUUUCUUCUUCUUCUGUUUCUUCUUUUCCUUUUUCUUUUUUUCUUUAUCUUUUACUUCUUUUUUCUAUUUCUUUUCUUCUUCUUUUCUUCCCCUUCAUCUUUUUCCUUCUUUUUCUUUUCUUCUUUUCUUCUUUAUUCUUUUCCUCUUUCUUCUUUUUCUUCUUUUUCUUUAUCUUUUAGUUAUUUUUCUAUUUCUUUUUCUUUUUCUUCUUCCGUUUCUUCUUUUUCUUCUUUUCUUUUUUCUUCUUUCUCUUCGGUUUCUUCUUUGUCUUUUGCUUCUAUUACACUUUAUUUUCUUCCUCUUUUUUCUUUUCUUCUUCUUCUUCUUUUCUUCUUCUUCUAUAUACUUUGUCCCUUCAGGAAGUGA